CUGUCAUAUAUCUCGUAUCAAUAAUGUCUAACCCUCGGCAAAUGCUGUAAUAUAUUACGCGGGACCAGGCGUAUUGAGCAUAUUAUUCGUAUUACCAGCACGUCUGUUUUUGGCCCAAGCUCAAAACAUUUUCUCUCGUCACCGUCGUCGUUCGUUUCUCGUCGUCUUCUUCUUCUUCUAUCUUCAACCUCACCAUCCCCAUCUCCAUCCAUCUCUCCUCCUAUCUCAUCACCAUCUAGAUAUCCCUUCAUCUCCAUCACCUCUUUUUACUGUUUCUCUUUAAGCUGGUGCUUUUUCCAUCCGCUUUGUUUGGUAUUCUUUUAUCUUUGUCGUUGCUAGGCUUUCUGCUUCCACUGUUUCCCCUUGCUGCUGUUGUUCAACUAUCCCUUUUCACCAUGUCUCGUGGCGGCACUACUCUCUAUGUCACUGGUUUCGGCCACGGCACUCGAGCUCGAGAACUAGCCUACGAAUUCGAACGAUAUGGUCGGCUUGUUCGCUGCGAUAUCCCAGCUCCCCGUACCGCUUCUAGUCGCCUUUUUGCGUUUGUUGAGUACGAGAGCCGUCGCGAUGCCGACGACGCCUAUCAUGAAAUGCACAACAAACGUAUCGGUAGGGACGACCUUCUAAAAAUCGAGUGGGCACGUACUCCUCCAUCUGCGUCCUGGCGCUUUGAUUCCGGCCGUGACCGCCGCCGAGACCGUACUCCCCCUCGCCGUCCCCGCUCUCCAUCUCCCCGACGAGCUCGCGGAGAGUUCUCUCCCCGCAAAGAUGACCGUCGCGACCGCGAUUACGAGAGACGUGACCGCGACCGCUCGCGGAGUCCUGAUGACCGGGACCGUGAGCGGGACCGGGAUCGCGACAUGAAGGAUGAUCGCGAUAGGCGUGACGACGAUCGCGAGAAUGGAACGAAUAGUGAUGACAGGAAAGUACCCCUGGAUUCUCCAACCCCUGCUCAUGAUGAGCUGGAUACUGCUGAGUGAAUCCGAGUUUUGCAUCCCCUGAUCAAGUAACAUUUUCGCCCACCAUUUUUUUGAAAAGUACAAAUGAUGGCGGUAAUUUGCUCUGCAGUGAACCCCCCUUUUCGUCCUCGGCACUGGGAGCUAUUUGCCUGGAAACCACACUUUAAUAGGUAGCCCAUUUGAAAGUCGCAGACUGUUUCGACAAUCGGUAUUUCCUCACAAUAUAUCCAGAUAAUACACCCCUUGCAACCCCCUCUCUAUCAUUCCUCGGUUUUGUUUUUUAAAAAAGAAUGUUUUGCCCAUUUGCUUGGCUUCUGUUUUUGUUUUCUGUUUCCUGUUUACUUUGUCACUCGAAGUGUGCUUGCUAUGAGAGGGUAAUGCCGAUUUCUAUUAACAGGGGUUCAUUGUUCUGGUGAAAUCAACGAAAGCUACCAUUGUGCUCUCUCAAAAGCCUGCCCCACUUGUGGGAAGUUCAGCACUUUGUUUUCGUAAAUUUCUCCUGGGCAGCUUGCUGGUUUGGAAACGCCCACCAGUGAGUUGCUUGCCACUAUUGACUUUCUAGUUCACAGAUAGCUCCAUAAUUUGAAAAGUACGUUUUGUUUCUUCAUGGUUGAAAUAAUAUUUUAAAUUCUCUGUUUCCAAGCUCAUCAAUGUCUACCUAGAGAGGAGCCUAACAAGGCCACCUUCAUAUUGCCAAAACAAACAACGUAGCUUUCUCCACCCAAUUUGCCUUCCUCUUCAUACAAAACGAAUCAUGUUAGAGCAUAAUUUCUUACUUUUGGACAGUAAUAUUGGUAUCUAAGCUUGAAGAGAGCUUAUGAGCUGGUAGGUUACCUACGGUAGUUGUCACGAUGGGUCCCGAACCAAUUAACCAAUCAAUGAGCCAGGAAUGAGGAGACACGUUAAGGAAAGGAAGGGGUGAAGAUAAAAACCAAAAAAAAAAAAAAAAAAAAAAAAA